CACAAUCCAAAAUGGCGACCAUUGUGCUUGCCAAAGAGUAUGGCUAUGUCGUUUUAACUGGCAUUUCUUCCGCUUUCAUGCUCACAUAUUUGGGCAUAAGAGUCGGAGUGGCUAGGAAAAAGUUCAAAAUACAGUAUCCUAAGAUGUACGAUGACAAGGAGAUUGUGUUUAACUGCGUGCAACGAGCCCACCAGAACACACUUGAGAACUAUCCCCAGUUCUUGAUGCUUCUGUUCCUAGGAGGGCUUGAACACCCUAUUGUGUGCUCCCUGGCUGGGCUGGUCUGGAUUCUUGGCAGGAUUGUGUAUGCACAUGGAUACUACACUGGUGACCCUUCCAAGAGGUCCCGUGGGGGAUUUGCCUACCUGGGUCUAUUCACCUUACUUGGGGUAACCGGCAAGAUGGCACUUCGUCUUCUGGGCGUGGUCUAAGAGGACACCCCGCCCUUUGCUCUGCCCUCCCCUGUAGACCUUCCUGUCAAUCUACCUAAGAGCUCUUGUCAGCCACACCUUUGUUAUGUUUCAUUCAUUGAUAAAAGACAAAUUGAUUCUAAGACAUUCUGGAAUAAUCAUUAAAUACAGAGUUUUUAUACUUAAUAAACCAGGAUCAACAAAUAUAAUUACAAUAGCUUCUUCAAAACAGCCGAUGAAAAUGGAUGCUUUUUCACACUUGGUAUUUUGCUAGGAUGAAAAAGUGGCGGCUGUCAGAGACUGUUAAAACACUUUAUAUGUGUAUUUAGAACGUCAUUUAGAAACCUGGAAGUAGAAUGUUUUCCAAAAACUGAGUUGCUGCAAGUAGGGUAUGUCACGAGUUUUUCGUGUGCGUCAUGGCAUAACAUCUCAUAGCAACUCGCUGACUGUAAAUAACCCUUCAUAAUAAAAUAAUUUCUUUUGUUUA